UGUAAACAUUUAAAACUAGCUGCAAUACUUUUAAAAUAACUGCAAACAUUUAAAAAGCGACUGCAAGUAUAUAAAAGAGACAGCAAACAUUUAAAAAGCUAAUGCAAGUAUACAAAUAAAAGCAGCAAACAUUUAAAAAGCGAAUGCAAGUAUAUAAAAGAGAGGCAGCAAACAUUUAAAAAGCGGCUGCAAGUAUGCAAAAGAGAGGCAGCAAACAUUUAAAAAGCGGCUGCAAGUAUAUAAAAGAGAGGCAGCAAACAUUUAAAACGGGAUGACAUUUUAAAUUGCACUGUUGAGUAUCUAAGGACGAUUCAGUGACUAGCUCUCUUAGCUAUCAUUCUCAAUUACGAUGUUUUGUAUCAAUUGUGGAGUUGAAGGUGUAGUCAAUGAUUUCUGUGAUGAAUGUUCGAUGGAGCAGACUUGUGAACAACUAAUAACAUGCUACUUUCAUCGUGGGUACCCCUAUGAAGCGAUUGUCAAACUUUUAAAAAGGAAUGGUUUUAAUGUUUCUUUGAGAACUCUAAAGAGACGUUUAAGUACUCUUGGAUUAAAAAGACGAGGUAAUGCCGUUAGGAUUGGUAGAAAUGAAGUAAGAGCAGCAGUGCUUAAGGAAAUGGAGGGAGCAGGCGGGCUGUCCGGAUACAGGAGCAUUUGGCAUGCUCUACGCCUACGGCAUAAAAUUCAUGUACCUCGAAGGGAGGUAGCUGACUUGAUGAAAGAAAUUGAUCCGGUAGGUGUGGAAGAACGAAGAGCCCGGAAAUUAAGGAGACGAACUUUCACCUCUGCAGGAUCUAAUGCAAGUUGGCAUAUGGAUGGUUAUGACAAAUUGAAGCCAUACGGCUUCCCCAUACAUGGUGGAAUUGAUGGGUUUAGUCGCAAAAUUUUAUGGUUAGAAGUAUCCCGUUCAAAUAAUGAUCCAAGAGUGGCAGCAACUUACUAUCUAAAUCAGGUAAAAGAGGUAGAAGGAUGUCCAUUGCAGCUUGUAACAGAUUGUGGGACAGAAAACGGUAUUGCCGCUUCAAUGCAGUGUUUUUUCCGUUCACGUGAUAACGACGAGCUAGCAGGUGAAAGAUCCCACAGAUAUUGUUCCUCUCCCUCUAACCAGCGCAUAGAAGCGUGGUGGUCGUUCUUACGAAAACACCGAUCAAGCUGGUGGAUAAACCUUUUUAAAGACAUGAUCGAUUAUGAUUUACUAGAUUUGGAAAAUGGAUUUCAUAUUGAGUGUUUAUGGUUUUGUUUCUCGAAAGUAUUGCAAAAUGACUUGGAUAAAGUGAAAGAACAAUGGAACACUCAUCAAGUUACUAAAAGUCAACACAACAAUGUUCAUGGCGUUCCAGACAUCAUGUAUUUUCUUCCUGAGUAUCACGGCCACAAUGAAUGUUUGGUUGAAGUAUCGCAGGAAAAAAUUGAUGAAAUGGAACAACAUUGUCAUGUGGAUGAUCCAGACGAAAGUAUUUAUCACGAAUAUUUCAUAUAUGUUAUGGAAACAGAAGAUUUGUCAUAUCCAAAUAAUGAACGAGAAAGUUUGGAAUUAUAUGAAAGACUAGUCCAUUUACAAAGAGACUAGAAUAUAAAACUGAAGUUAGUUAAAUCUAUAGCUUUCUACACCAGUUCAUGUUACAGACAAAUAGAUACAAAGGCGAUUUCAGUUCCGCAACCGUUAUAUAAAUGGUGUAACUGAACCCUAACUCAGUGACUGUAUAUAAGGUAUAAAAGCUUACCAACGGGUAAAACAACCUUUUUCGUCAAUAGAAGUCGUAAUUUGAAUUAAAUGGCCCGAAAAAGGGUCAACUAAAACGAUUAAAAAAAUAACACAACAAGAACCUAACGAUAUACAAAACAUGUAUACUGCCAG